AUGCAGCGCCUGCCAUGGUCUGGGGGCUCCGGGGCCCUCCGGCUGCUGCUAUGUUUCCUGCUGCUGAACAGCUGUCCAGUGUGCUGCGGCGACAUUAGUCCCCACGAUGAACAGGGCCAAGGAGAAGUGGUACAGCUCUGGCCCCUGAAAGGAUUUACUGCUCCAUUCUUCCGUCACCUUCGAGUUCUACUCCACCAGCUUAUACCCCAAGGUCUGUUCUGGAAGGAUGACCUCAUUCAGGAUCUAAUGGCUCAAAAUAUGGAGCAUGUGAGCGGACUCCACACCCAAACUCCAUACCUGAAGUGUGGGGAGGCAGCUCUCUCUACUAAAAGCACAGGAGUGAGAAGCGAGAAAGAGGAGAAACUUCAACUCUUACUGCCCAAGAGCUCAAUGCCCAAAGUGAAUAGAGACCAGUGCUUUACCUCCAAAGCGGUUUCAAAGGCCAUGAAACAAGAGGUCACCAACACUGCCAAGGGCUCCUCCAGGCCAUUCCCCACCAGGGGCCACAACCUUGUCGCUGAUUGA